AUGGACCUUAACGAUGGGGAGAUCGACAUGCUGAAGAAAGACCCCGAGUUCAGAGAAUACUUCGAUACCAUAAAAAGAAAAAACCAGUCCACAGAGCCUAUCCCGCCUAUGAAAUUUCAGGGAAGAAGCGUCGAGGUAACACAAGCUGUAUUUGGAGAUAACCUUUUAGACUUUCCCAACCGAGUCUGGCUGUUUUCGGAUAAAAACACAAUAUAUAUAUGUGAUAGGUGUCUGCUUCAAUGUUGGGAUUCGAUGUCCUUUGCUAGCCACAGAAGAAGCUGUUCCUUAGAAAUUCCGGGAAAGUGUAUAUAUAGCGACAGGGAAGAGGACAUAUCUGUGAUUGAGAUUGAUGGGGAGAAAGAGAGAGUCUUAUGCCAAAGAAUCUGCAUCAUUGGAAAAGCCUUUAUAAAAAGGAAGACCUUAUAUCUCGAUGUGGAUGGAUAUCUUUUCUAUGUCCUAUUUUCCGAAGGAAAAGCGACAGGGUUUUUUAGUAAGGAAAAGGAAAGCAUAGAGCAUAAUCUAUCCUGUCUUCUAAUUCUUCCUCCGUACAGGGCCAAGGGAUACGGCUCAUUGAUGGUGGAUCUAAGCUAUAUCUUGGAAGCAGGAACCCCAGAGAAACCUCUGAGUGGAAGAGGACGUGCUCUAUACAAAAGGUACUGGAGAAACAAGGUGCUGGAAACAUUACAGAACAAAAAUGGACAGGAGGUGUCUAUAAGUAAUAUAUCUGCAGAGUCAGGUCUCUCUGUAAACGAUACAAUCCAUGGCUUGGAGCUUCUGGACAUAGAUCCUGAGAGCCAUACCUAUGACGUAAUCGGCAAAGCUCCUAUACCAUCCCGAAAAUGUAAAAGAAAUUGUUUAAUUCUUUAA